GGAGAGACACGGACACACGCUUGCUCUUCCCGGUGGGGAAAGGGAAGGGAAUAAGUUCAGAUCUCCGGUGUCCUGUCCGGCUCAUCGCAGGCUUACACACGCGCGCGCGUAUGCGCAUGCUCAUACGCGCACGCGCAGACCGAGAAUCGGUUAAGUGAUGGGUGUUGGAGCGGAGCCCGGGAGAGCCUUCCUUCGCCGGGGGAGCAGGGUGAUGAUGGAGAUCAGGUCGAGCUUCGCCUCCUUCCUCCAGACGAGGCUCAGCGGGGCAUAAAGGAGCUGCGUUCAGGGUUCAGAUCCGCUCUGUUCCCGCUGAAAUGUGGACUUAAUGAUGAUCGAGUCCAGUUCGCGGACCGGAUACAUGUUGAUGCUGAACUGGAAUUAAGUUUUUUUAUCAUUAGAUCUUUCCUGAGCUGGAGGUUGACGCCUCAUCUGGGCCAGAAACAUGACGUCUUCAUGACUGAGCAGCUGACAAGCCUCACUGUGACAUGGAAACACCGGGACUUUACAAACUCCUCUAUUACUUCAUUCUUAAUUUGCCUUUCUUGGUUUGUGCAGAUGCUACAUUUACAGAAGUCCCUAACGAUGUGAGCGUGGGGGAAGGAGAGGAUGUGGAGAUGCCCUGCGCCUUCAGGGCUCUCGACUCAGUGCCCAUGUCUCUGGAGAUUCAGUGGUGGUACCUGAAGGAGGAUCGCUCUGAAGAACUGCCUCACGAGCUGCAGAUCAGCGCACCCACAAACAAAGUGAAGGGAGGUCUGAGAGAAGCCACAAAGAUAAGUACGGUGCGUGUUCAGGGCAACGCCAUCUCCCACCGCCUCAGCCUCUCCAGGGUGAAGAAGGAAGAUGAGGGGGUGUACGAGUGCCGGGUGUCUGAUCUGUGGGCUGAAGAGACUCAGGAAUUUACAGUUCAUGCCACGCUGCACGUCAUGGCGGGCGGUGACAUGGUGGCCGAGGAGGCCGUGUCACACAUCCAGAACCGCUGGUUGCUGAGGAACACUAACACAGCUCUGGGAGGGGGCUUUGCAGCGAGUGCCACUUCCAAGCCUGGCCAAGGGCUGGCGGGAGGAGCCAGAUCAAAUCAGGGAAAGCGCCGGGUGCCUCAAAGGGCCCCACCAGACCUCCUUCCAUCCAUCUCAUCCACAACCACCACGCCAGUGGCCAAGUCAUCAGCCUCACCGCUGCCAGGGACUGCAGCCAUCCUCCGGCAGCAGCACGGAGCUGACUGCAUCAUGAGCGCCGUGGACCCCCUCCUCUUCAUCACUGUCCUGUUCCUUCAUAAGCUUCUCCCUUUGCUGUUGGUCCAUUGAGGACACUUUAACCAAAAAGAUGUCGGCCUCCAAGUCCUCACUUUCUAAACCAUACCGAAACCAACAGAGUUGAUGCACACCAGGCAGCUAGGCUUAUCACCUUCACCAUCACUAGAAGGAGGUGAAGCGAUGCAGCAAAGGAUGCAGAAGCUGGAGUGUGGGAGAAGAUACAAUGGAGGAGACAAUCUUUCUGACAUAGAGAUGCUGCAACGUUGCGAGGAAAAGGAGAGAUGACUUUUCUGUGAACAGAGCUCAUGGUGACUGAUGGCCAUAUGCAGUCCUGAGCUUCUCAAACACACACAUACAGUAUGUCUUAGCAGCAUUUUCAGACCACAGACACACACACACACACACACAUACACACAACUGCAAAUCCCCCAUUUAUCUGAACAGUGGCAACAUGACGGAUCGACAUGACCUGUCAAUCACUCUGUCGGACCUCUUCCUCACAACCUGUAGCUGCCUACUCCUUCCUCUGCAGACGUUUCUCCCAUAGCUGUGUCAAAAAGCUGAUGUAUUUUGAGAAAGAUAAGGCACACUGUUAACCACAUCCAAUAAUGUUUAUUUUUAUGAAAUCGGUUGUGAUCAAAGUGACACAUUUUAUUUCUAUGGCACAAAAUUGGUAAUUUGCAGCAGAUGAAGGUUUAUUGCGCACCCCCUUUUUAAUAAAAGGUAGAUUACAAAGUCGUUUUUCUGUUGAUGAUGUUCUUUCUAACAAACCUACAGUAACAGCUGGUGAAAGCUGAGGGUGCAUAAAUAACACCCUGGCUUUGCAGUUUUCCACAACACAGGGCAUCAACAGAUCUUCUCAAAGAUUAACGCACUUUCAGGAAACAUCUAGAAGCACUGGCAUGCACAGAUAGAGCCUUGGUGGUGCCGAAGCACUUGGCCUUGCCGUCAGGGCUGAAAAAGUACCCUUUUUAUCAAAAUUAUUUUUUAUAUACUGUAUGUGGCCCACUAUGUUGACGCAAUCACACACCCCUUACACACAUGCCUGUCUUUCUUUGACAACAUGAUCACGCAAAACGGGCAACAAUGAGGCACAUUGUAGGCAUGUGCAUUGCAGCAGCUAGACUGUCCGUGAAGUUACCUCCCACUGCUCCACCUGCCACUACUCAGGUAAAUUUCGAGGCACAUUUUGCUCCUAAACGCAGCCUGAUACAAACUAUUCGUCCCUGUUGUAAAGUAGCCCAUCUGUCUGAUUACAGCCUCAACGGCUAAGUCUAAAUUAGCCGACUGCCCGCUGAACAAGUUUGGCACCAGCCAUAAUCAGUGGUAGCUUGCCAGAUGUUAGGCUAAGUGGUCACUACAAAUGGGGGUAUGUUUGGCUUUUUCUUCCGUGAAGUUUUCAUGACGUAUUCAUAAACCACAU